AUGAAACAUUGGGUUCGUUUGGUGGGGUGUAAACGGUUCUAUAGUCUCCCCAAGACGACAAAAUCGUCACCAAACCCAAUAAAAUUGGACGAAAAAGUGAUCACUGACCAAUUCCAAGCACUUCGAGAUAAAUAUGAGGCACCUCGAUAUCCGAUAGUACUUUGUCACGGAUUCUCCGGAUUUGACCAACUCUCGAUCCUUCCACAUAAGCAGAGAAUGGAGCAUUUGCUCCAUGGGGCUGGUUUCCUCAAGUUGGACUAUUGGUUUGGGAUCAAGGAGGCAUUACAAGACAUUGGAUCCAAUGUGUUGAUUGCCAGGGUCCCUGCAUUUGGCCGGAUCAAGAACCGGGCCAAUCUGUUGAAUGAUUUUAUAAACCAGCAAUGCGAGACUCUACGCAAGCUGGAGUCCAAAAGGACCAUGUACAAUGAGAAAAGAGCGAGCUCCUCUGGGGGUAACGAGGACUCCGAUAGUGGGUCGGAACUGGAUUCCUCUCACACUUUUGAACAACGGGAAAAGCCAAUUAAAAUCAAUUUGAUUGCUCAUUCUAUGGGUGGAUUGGAUUGUAGAUACCUUAUUUCUCAACUCAAGCACUCCAAUUAUCAAGUGGUGUCGCUUACCACGGUGGCAACCCCGCACCAUGGGUCUGAAUGUGCAGACUUUCUUAUGGAGGUUGCUCGUGGCACUCCGCUCCAAAAAUUGUUCCCUGCUUCCAUUGCCGAGCUCACCACCUCCUACUUGAAGGAAUUCAACCGGACGGUUCCGAACGACAGAAACGUGGCAUACUUCUCGUACGGAGCUCGGUUCAAGCCGCAUUGGUACAACGUGUUCUUGCCCACUUGGAACAUCAUCAAAAUGCAAAUGCGUAAACAUAACCAAGACAAGAAGGUCAUUUCGGUGGACAACGACGGGAUUGUCAGCGUCGCCAGCUCCAAGUGGGGUGAGUAUUUGGGCACGUUGGAUGAGGUGGAUCACUUGGAUCUCAUCAACUGGACGAAUCGGGCCCGAACUACCGUAGACAAGGCUCUUUUCCGCAAGGAACCGAAAUUCAACGCCAUUGCCUUGUACUUGGACAUUGCUGACAAUUUACGGAAGAGGGGCUUUUAG